AUGAGCUUUUACUCAUUUAGAGUGAGGCUUGAUUUGGGCCGGGUUUUCAUCCGGCCCACCGGACCACAGUGGUCCAUUAAUGCAGCCCCCUUCCCAAUGUCAAAAUACAUCAAUGAAUGUCCAAGGCACAACUAUUGUAUGGCCGCAGCCCCCAAACCUCGCGCGGGCCCGGACAAUAAAACGGCGUCCUAUUACCCCAAGCGAGGCCAAAUUGUGGAACUCGUCUGCGAGAGCUUAGCUUUCAAGGGCAAGGGCUUGUGCAAGGUCGCGGACACCGGCUACGUCGUCAUGUGCGACCGCGCAUUGCCCGGAGAAAGGUUCGUCGGUCGCGUGACUCGGAAGAAGGAUAACUACGCAGAGGUGAAGAAAGUGAAAACAAUAAGCCCACAUUGGGACUACGUGGAGGCACCUUGUGAAUUCGCUUCGCACUGUGGCGGCUGUAAGACACAGAAUCUAUUGUACGAAGCUCAGGUUAGGGCAAAGGAGCAGCAGGUGAAGGAGCUGAUUGUACGUGUCGGAAAGUUUUCGUACAGAGAGCUCGAAUGCAAUGGCAUUAUGAAGCCUAUUGUUCCUUGUGAUACCCAGUUUCAUUACCGGAACAAGAUGGAGUUCUCGUUCGGGACCAAAAGUUGGGUGCCGGAAGAACUUCUGCAACAAGAGUGUGACGAAACCAACAAAUAUGCUUUGGGAUUGCAUGCUCCCGGGUUUUUCGACAAGGUUCUGAAUGUGAAUAAGUGCUUGUUACAGAGUAAUUCAGCAAACAAGGUUCUUGCUGCUUUUCAAGACUUUUGGAGGAACCCAGAACUCGGGCUGUCUCCAUAUGAUUUGCACUCCCAUCGUGGGUUCUUGAAGCAUCUGAUGCUCAGAACGGGCAGGAAUGUUGAGACUGGCCAGCCUGAGCUUAUGGUUAAUUUUGUGACUUCUUCAUACAAGCCAGAAAUGCUGAAGCCCAUUGUAGAGAAAAUCGCAACUUUUCCUGAUGUCGUAAGCAUCAUGAACAAUGUAAAUACUUCUGUGGGCAACACGUCCGUUGGGGAGCACGAGUACACACUAUUUGGUAAACCAACUAUUACGGAGUGCCUUAGGGGUUUGAAAUUUCAAAUAUCGGCCAACUCUUUCUUCCAGACAAAUACACAGCAGGCCGAAGUUCUGUACAAAUUAAUCGAGGAUUGCUCUUGUCUUAAAGGAGACGAGUCAGAAAUAGUUCUUGAUCUCUUUUGUGGGACGGGGACCAUCGGUCUCUCACUUGCCAAAAGGGUGAAACAUGUGUAUGGCUUCGAGAUAGUCAACCAUGCCAUUUCAGAUGCACGACGUAAUGCAAACCUUAAUGGCAUAUCUAAUGCUACGUUCGUCCAAGGGGAUCUUAACAAAAUUGGAGAGAAUUUCGGAGAAUAUUUUCCCAAGCCUGAUCUUGUUAUAACAGAUCCUAAUCGUCCGGGCAUGCACAUAAAAUUAAUCAAGUUCUUGCUGAAACUAAAGGCGCAACACAUUGUAUACGUAUCGUGUAAUCCUGCUACAUGUGCUCGUGACCUCGAUUAUCUCUGUCACGGUGUGCCUGAGAAGAAUAUCGAAGGGUGUUAUGAGCUGAAAAGCGUUCAGCCGGUUGAUAUGUUCCCACACACGCCUCACAUCGAGUGCGUUUGCCUGUUGGAGCUCAAAGGCUCAAGUUAA